CACAGGCACACUUCUGAGGCAGGAAAACACACCUGGGGCCUGUUUCAGAAAGGAGGUUAAGUGAAAACUCUGAGUAUGUUAACCCUGAAAUGAGGGAAACUCUGAGUUUUCUGUUUCAGAAUGGGAGGUAUGUUAAACCUGAGAAAGCAGAGUAAGUCAAGCCUGUUUCAGAAAGAGAGGUAACUUAUACUCAGAGUCAGUUACCAUGGCAACUUACUCUGUGAACCUAACCUGGUCGGGAGCAGGUUUUCUUCGGGAAACCCAGAGUUUAUUUCGUCUCCUCCCCUUUUUUAAAGAGGAAGUGGUAUUUAAUCACCUCAUUCAUUCUUUCGGUAUUCAUUCAUUGUGCACAUUUUAGUCACGCAGAGCGCAUCAAAUCAAGUGAAUGAAAUGGCAUGUCCUUUUAUGGACGAUCCUGUGGAUGAAGAGGCUGCAUUAAUCCGUAGGGAGUUGCAUUUACGUCGGGAGAGGAUUUUGAGACCCAGAGUGGAUUUUGUGUCAUAUCCAUAUUCAUUUUUAUUUGAGCAGUACCGUUUUUCUUUACAGUCAAUAAGAUACAUCCAUAAUCUCAUCCAUCCUUACAUCAGAAACAUCAGCCAUCGCGGCCGUGCUCUAACAUCCGAGCAGAUGCUUUGCGUUGCAUUACGUUUCUUUGCGAAUGGUAGUUUUCUGUAUAACAUUGGGGAUGCAGAACAUAUCAGUAAGGCUACUGUUUGCAGAGUUGUAAGGAAAGUGUGCCUCGCUCUUAAGCGCUUUCUCCGAAUUUUUGUGCUGUUUCCUGGGCACAAACCCGUGAGAGCCAUCAAAGAGGAGUUUCACAGGAUUGCAGGAUUUCCGAAUGUAGUUGGAUGCAUUGAUGGCACACAUAUUCCCAUCAUUGCACCUUCCGAAAAUGAAGCAGACUAUGUCAACAGGAGGUCCAUCCACAGUAUUAAUGUGCAGAUCAUAUGUGAUGCUGCACAUCUCAUUACAAAUGUGGAGGCCAAGUGGCCCGGUUCUGUUCAUGACUCACGAAUGUAUCGUGAGUCAACGCUGAGCAACAGACUGGAAACUGGAGAGAUUGAUGGCUUUCUGCUGGGAGAUAGGGGUUACCCAUGCCGACCAACACUAGUUACCCCUUACCCAGAACCUGAACCAGGCCCCCAGCGCCGCUUCAAUGUGGCACACUGCAGGACGAGAGCCCGGGUGGAGAUGACCAUAGGCCUGUUGAAAGCACGUUUCCAGUGCCUACGUCACCUCAGGGUAACCCCUGAAAGGGCCUGCGACAUUAUUGUGGCAUGUGUUGUUCUCCAUAAUAUUGCCAUAAUUAGAGGGGAGCAACACCCUGCCCUACAAAUGCAAGACCCAGAGGAAGACCCCAUCAACCCGGCAGAUUUCCAGGAGGGAAGGGUAGUCCGGGAUAUGAUAUGCCGAAAUGUCUUCACAGAUUAA